UCUUUUCGUAACCAAGUGUGAUCCUCUAUCCAAAAGUGCCUCGCGUCGUCUCUUCGAGCUGCCCUAGAGCGAGGAGCCCUAGAGCGAACUCGUCCUAAUCUCUCUUCCUUUCGCUACUGAACCUUAAUCUACAACAUCUUCAAGCUUGAAUUUCCGGAUUCACGAGAGAUGCAGAAAGAAGCGAGGAUCUCGCAGAUCUACUUAGGAACUCGUCAAGUAGUAUGCACUUCUGUGUUGCAGCUGUCUUUUGCAUGGAGCAUUCUGAGAUAUGUAUUGCCCCGUCUUUCAAGGUUAGCAGUCUCGUAUGAUCCUCAAUCGCCUGUCUUUUGCAUGGAGCAUUCCGAGAUAUGGAUUGCCCCGUCUUUCAAAUGCGCUGGGUUGUCGAUAGAAAGUUCGAAUCUCAACCUUCAGUCCUCUCUGGCAAUCUUCAACUCCUCGCUACCUCCACCUGUCUCUCUCAAAUGGCUCUUUGAUUCCUCUCGGGAAUGUCUGAUCGUUGGCUUUCUCUACUCUUCCUCCUCAGGGGAGUAGUUCACUCGAGAAAACCAUCGUAGUCGGUAAUGAGGGCGCCGAGCAACUAUGGCAUGGCGAGAUGUUUCUUGCGGUAUCACCAUGCAAGUCCGCUAUCUGUAGAUCUGGUAACGUUUCCUGAUUUUAUUGUGUUUUUCCUGUUCUUGUUUGGUGUCUAUAGUUCCUAAUAUGGAUUCGUAAGUAGGUUAGACCUGUGGUUAGUUUUGCUUGUCCAUCCGUUUCAACACCUUUGCAUAUGUUAUGCAAUUUAAAUAUGUAUCAUAUUCUCUAGGUUUUGCACGUGAAAGUGUUUACGAGCUUGGUUGUUUAGUGAAUGCAUUAGACUACUCGCUGGAUUCACUUGUCAAAUUUUUUGAAAAAUACAUACAUACCUCUUGGUUUUCUGCCAAUUUUGUGUUCUCUCUUUUUUGUUCUGUUUUCCUCCUUAUAACACAAUCUAAAUUCUCUUCGGUUAUGAAAUUUGGGUGAAUUUAGUUCAGAAUCCUUAUGUGGUUGAAAGAUCUGGCCUAUUGCUUAUCCAAUUCGCGAUUGGAAUCUGUUACUGUGAUGUGUAACAUAUUGCCUCAAAAUUUUAACAAGCAAUUGAUAUGUUUUCUUGGUUUCAUUAUCAGAAAUUCCUGUGCGUUAGCUUUCAUUGAUCAGGCCAUGCAUUGUGCAAUUCAUCAUAUUUCCUUAUUCUUCAUGUAUCCUUGAAAUGCAAAAUGCAUCACAGUUCUUUCUUUUGUCUUUGGGUUUUAUAUUCUUUAUAUUAACUCAAAUUCCAGUGGUUUUUGAUUCUUGUGUAUGCGUGGAGUGUGGUUUGCUAUAUUGGUUAUACUGAGAUUUUUACCUCUAGGCUCUAGCUUCUUUCUUUUUUUGUUGGUUUGAUUUUUAUCGAAUUAAUUUGAAAUUUUUUUCUUCCUUACAUUAGUUUAUGUGCUACUUAUUACCUCAAAAUUCUAGCGACCCAUUGAUGUGUUUGUUUCAGUAUCAGAAUUUCUCGUGCGUUUCAUUGAUCAGGCCACACAUUGGGCAAUUCAUCUUCUUUUUUUUUCCUUCGUCUUCAUGUAUCCCUAAAAUGCAUCACCAUGCUUCUCUGUCUCUGGGUUUCAUAUCCUGUAUAUGAUAUGACAAUCUUGAAUUCUCAGUUUCUUACUGUGAUUUUAACUCAAAUUUCUGUGGUAUUUGAUUCUUGCGUAUGUGUGGAGUGUGGUUUCCUAUAUUGUUUAUACUGAGAUUUUUGCCUUUUCUACCCUCUUUUUUUGGUUGAUGUGGUUUAUAUCCAAAGAUGAGGUAGUAGGUAUUGCUGAUCUUGUAGCUGCUGCUGUUAACUCAUGCUCUCCUUGUCGAUUAAUCUUCCUAUAUUGUUUAUACUACUCCGUCUCUUGUUGCAAGGCUAUUGAUGUGCUACUUCUUGCUAAUAUUGUUUCAUGCAUUUCAAAGUAAUUAUAUUUUCUUAAUUA